UGUGUAGGUCAUAUCUUGGGCCGUGCGGAUUGUAUACCUGGUCAUCAUAGUUCUUCUACCAUCAGUGCCAGGAGCCGGCCAUACCUCGGGGCAGGUUUCGACCACGAGAUCCUCACCCCUGAGAAUCUUCACUGCUUCCGUCAAGAUCACUAAUGGCACCAAGGUCUAGUGACUCUCCAAGCUGACCAACCAGUCGGUGGGACCUGGCGAUGAUCAAGGCCUGUUGGAGGAAGGAACCUCUAUCCAUAGUCACGAACAGAACGAGGUAGUAUGACAAGAGCGAGACCGGCACAAGUAUAAAGCUGAUCUCUUCGCCCAACCUUCAAUCAUCUUCUGUCCUUCAACACAACAUCUCCAGCCCUCAUCUAUACCAUUCCAGUACCACCACAACCAACAUAAUGCCUUCCUUCACCACCAAGGCCGCCGCUGUUGCGCUCGCGCUCAGCUACUUCUCCGUCCAGCAGGUCCAGUGCCCCCCGGUGUUCAUCGGGCCCAUCCUCACCGUCGUUGGCGCAGUUGCAGGCUUCGCCGUCGAGGUCACUGGUGCCGUCCUGAAGUGCGAACUCGGAGACUGCACCGACGACAGACGCCGCAGUGUGGCCGGCGGUCUCCGUGCCCGCAUGCUCAAGGCGCGCCCCAUCUUGACUGGCCGCCAGGCAACUCCCCCAACCGCCCCCGAGGGUGUGCCCCAGUUUGAGUUCGACAGGUGCUUCAACGACAUCAACGGUGGAAGCGUCCUCCUUGAGGGUCCGGUGGAGAAUAACGGCAUCCGCAUCAGCGGUCUUCCUGCUACCUGCAUGAACCUUGCUACUGUUCUUGAUGGCGACGCUUCUGGUGGACCCCCUCCCACACCUUGCGGCUCUGACUGCCUGCUGUACAACAACCUCAGUGCCGCCGAGUACAACAACCUGCGCGGUAUCUUGAACGACUGGGCCGGCGCUUAGGUCUUCUCUCGACUGGAUGUAUGGUAGGGAGGCAGAGGGCUGAAGCCAUUGGGACUGGCACCGAUUUUCUAAGAGGUUAUUUUGUUCCUGUCGCUCAUUUGUUGCAUGUUUUCGGAGGAUGUACUGCGCAGUUCAGCUUGGUGUAGGUAGCAGGUAGCAGAGCCGGUCGUUGCCCAGGUACACAAUACCACUACGCUGGCGUAGAAACCAAUGUUCC